UUUGUUUAAUUAGAUCUCUAAAUUGUCAUUCUUACGGUAUAUAUCCAUUCUAGAUCAAACUAAGUUGCAUUUCAUGCGGAAUUUCAAGAAGAAUAUCAGCAAAGGGGGUAAAAAUAAGAGCAAUAAUGCAAAGAAUUCAUUUAAACUUAGUUCAAAUAAAAACCAGCUUGUCAGAAAUGAGAAGAGCACAGCGGCUGUCCGUAGAGGUAGGUUCUCGAAGAACCCCAAUCCCUACAACCUUAAGAGUGUAUCAAAAGAGACUAAAUUAAUCAAGAAAUCUGUCCAUAGAGCCUCUAUAAUUGGAAAACCAAUUAAAUAAAUUGAAACCACAGAGAAGAAGUAAGGACAAGUCAUUUUCGAAUAAGAAUCAUUCCCGGUACCAGAUAGCUGUCAGGAAAAACUCAGCGAGGCUAAGUGAAGAAGCUAAUACACAUCGUGAAAAACAAUCUAUAGAAGACUACUCUAAAGUUCUGUCAAAUUUAAAAUAAGCUCAGUGCUUGUAAAGACCGUGGGGCACGCAACCUCGGCAAAGAGUUAGAGGUCGAUCAUAGAUUCAUGAAAAAUCAUCAAGAUAGCAUCCAUUAUUCUCGGAAAUCCCAGUGAAGGAGGCAACCGUCUCAAUCUAAAAUGAACGAAGCUGAUCCUAUUAGGGAUAGCGUUUUGACUAUUAGCCCAACAGUUCAGAAAAGAGAAGGUAAAAAUAUAGCCAAUGGUUCUGUAAAGAGAGAUAAAAGACAGCGCUCCCAAUGUGACUAUGACAGUAUUAACUCACUACAAAGGUCAGAGUUUGAUACUAGCAAGGACAAGAGUAAUUCUAAAAUACAGUUAAAAUAACCUAAAUUUCCUACUAAGGCCUAACUCUGUGUUACAAAAGUCAUCAUCUCCAGACUCGUUCAUCAUCCACAACAGUUCUGUGAAUGAAUGCGAGUACCCACUUCCAUCGCUAUCUGGAAACAUCGAGGAAAGGCUCCAGGCUCGGCCACUGAAGGAUUCUAAAUCGAACUCUAAACUAAGAGGGAUUAGAAAAUCAUGUAAUGCAUAUUCCUUCAAUAAAUAAAAGGAAGUCCCCAGGAAAAGGCAGCGUCCAGAUUCCAAGCUUCAACAGCGAUUACCCUAGCAUGAACUUUAACCAGGAGGAGUCCCUCAGGUUGCAUUUAGAGAUUCCUACGAAGGGUAAGAGGUUUGGGAAAAGGAAGAUGUCCCAAAACAACGAUAUUUCCAUUUCUAAAGACUUGUACAACAAGAAACAGAGUAAUAAAAUCAGAAAGCACAUUCGGAUCACAGAUCAAUGUUCCCAAUACAGUGAGAAGAAGGGCAAUGACAGCUGGUUCAACCUCAAAGAAGAAGAGGAGGCUGAAAGUUAUGGCAUUAAGGUCGUCGAGGAUGUCUCCAUGUUCAUUGUCGAUGGUAACCUAAGUGAUGACGAUGACCAACAGCAAGAUAUGAACCAGCAUACUGACUUCAAUGAGGUCAAAAGAUUCCUUAAAGAGUAAAUAAUCAUUUUU